UCCUGGAAGAAGAAGCAGAUGUGAAAUGUUGUCCUCCUAUAGAUAUAAUCAAGAUCAAAUACAACUUAGGAAACGCAUGAAUUCGUGUUUAUAAUAAUGUGAAGAUCUGAGUUGAGGUGGCUAUGGUCUAAAACAAAGCUAACAAACGUUAGCCUGUUACGACACAAAUACAUAUAGCCUACGUUACUCCGCGUUAUGGCAACCUACAGUCCAGAUUACGGACCAUCCUGACCUGCAGGGUGUCGGCGGCUGACACUGUUGGCAUGUGCAGGAUAGGUCUGUGCCUCCCUCGCUGCUCUCAGCUGGACCUCCAGAACAACUCUAUUUAUAUAGAAAACUGUCUCAUGGCCGGCAGAAGAGUUGUGGUCUUCCCCUCCUCAGCGGAGCUUGGGCCGGUGCUGGCCCAACUGGUGACAUCUCGGGCUGAGAAGGCCAUCCUCUCUCAUGGCCGGUUCACCCUGGGGCUCUCAGGAGGAAGUCUUGUGUCCAUGCUCAGCAAAGAGCUGCCCGCCCUGCCAGACCUGGACUGCAGCAAGUGGGUGGUUGCGUUCUGUGACGAGCGACUGGUUUCCUUCGAUGAUCCUGAGAGCACCUAUGGGCUUUACAAGGGUCAGUUGUUUUCCAAGGUCAACAUCCCUGACAGUGGGAUCUUAACCAUUGACUCCUCUCUGGCGGUCAGCGAGUGUGCUGAGGAUUAUACCCGCAAAUUGAAGGAGGCCUUCCCAGAUGGUGACUUCCCAGUGUUUGACCUGUUACUGCUGGGUAUGGGACCUGAUGGACACACCUGUUCCCUCUUCCCAGACCACCCUCUCCUGGAGGAAACCAAGAAGAUUGUGGCCCCCAUCUGCGACUCUCCCAAACCACCACCACAGCGUGUAACUAUGACCUUUCCAGUGGUGAACUCUGCACGCUGUGUGGCUUUUGUAUCAACAGGAGGAAGCAAAGCACCCAUUUUAAAGGAAGUGCUAGAGGGUAGAGAGGGUCCAGCGUUUCCAGCGGCCCGUGUUGUCCCAACUAACGGCGAGCUGUUCUGGCUUGUUGAUGACCCUGCAGCUGCCUCCUUAACUAUCCAGGUGGAAAGGCUAAGUGCGGGGGCCAAACUCUAGAGCUUUCCAUCUGCCAAAUGAAGGCUUAAGGUCAACACUGGUGUGAAAACUUGAAUGAAGAAACUAAAAAACAGUCUUGCAAAACAUUCCUACUUUCACAUGAAAAUGGUUUACGUAGGUGAGAUCUUAAGAGACGAAAGGGAGAUGG